CGACUUAAAGCCAUAAAGUGGCAAGAUAUCUAUGCAUAAACACGCACGUGAUCAUUCAUAGUCAUAUUACCUGCAUGUUGUUUACUUAUGUUUAUGUUUAUCUAGGAAUGAUUGACAAUAUGGCGUCAAAAAGCUAUCCUGAAGCCCAGCGCCCUCCACCUGCACGAACAGUUUUAUUUCAGCAGAAGGAUGGCAAAACAUACAGAAUUCCUGCUUUAAUUUACAUCAGCGAUGGUCAGACGUUCCUUGCCUUUGCUGAAGAGCGCAGCACUCCACGUGACAGUGAUGCAAAAGUGUUGGUCAUGAGGAAGGGAUCACUGCACAAUGGAUCACUUCAAUGGACUUCUGCACAGACUCUCACUUCCGCCUGUUUGCCAGAUCAUCGCACUAUGAAUCCUUGUCCAGUCUAUGAGAGGAAAUCCAAAACCAUCUAUCUCUUCUUUAUCUGCAUAUCGGGCAAUACCACAGAGUAUCACCAGAUUGCCAUGGGUAGAAACCGAGCCCGACUGUGUUACAUCACGAGUGCAGACUAUGGCGAGACCUGGAGUGAGUUAACAGAUUUAACAAACAGUGUUAUUGGAGAUGAGAUUCACAACUGGGCUACAUUUGCAGUUGGACCAGGACAUGGGAUUCAGAUGAAAAGCGGAAGACUAAUCAUUCCGGCGUAUGUUUAUUACGUGCAUUGCAGGUGUUUUCCCUUUAAUUUUCCUCUCAUAGUCAGGCCUCAUGCCCUAUCGUUCUACAGUGAUGACUGUGGCGUCACCUGGCAGAUGGGAGGAAAAAUCCAAAUGAAAUCCUGUGAAUGUGAGAUGGCUGAGAUCAUAGAUCAUGCUGAUCAGAGUCAUCUGUACUGCAAUGCUCGUAGUACAUGUGGAUACAGAAUAGAGGCUUUAAGUGAAACCAGUGGAGCAGCUUUUGACAAUCCUCAUGUUGCAAGGAAACUGGUAGAGCCACGGCAUGGCUGUCAGGGAAGCGUGUUGAGCUUUCCUGUUCCUCAGCCAUUGGAUGAAGAGGAGAAGAAGGCAACUGAUUGCUUGACACAGUCAGACUCUAAAACUUGGUUACUCUAUUCUCAUCCAACUAAUAAGAAGAAAAGGAAGGAUCUUGGAGUUUACUUGAAUAAGUCACCCUUGAAUGCUUCUGGUUGGAGCCGCCCGUGGAUCAUUUAUAAGGGUCCCAGUGGAUACUCAGACUUGACACAGUGUGAGGAGCGAUUCGGCUGCCUCAUGGAGUGUGGAGAGAAAAGUGAAAUUGAGGGGAUAGCAUUUGUUGAAUUUAAACUUAAUGAUUUAUUGUGCUCUUGAAUUGAUGAAUGCAAAAACGUUUAGGACUUAUUAUGGGAUCCUUUCUACUUUAGGAUUUGCAUCUUGGUGCUAGAUUAAAAGCAAUACAGAUGACAGAGUUCGUAUGGGUGCUGGAAACCCUUGAUAAUUCUUGCAUUUUAAUAAAGUGUUUUCAAGGUUUGAAAGGUUCUUAGAUUUUGGAUAAGGUGCUUGAAACUGCUUUAAAAUUUAAUUGUGUUGCUUUCAUUAUAAUAGUAGGUGAUUAUAAUUAACUAUUUCAAAAAAAUAAAUCGCUUUGCUUUAGCAUAAAAUGAAAA